CUUUUCCCACAUUUUCACGCAGUACAUUUAUGGAUAAAAAUGAUUUUAAUCAGCACCUGAGUGGAGCAAACCAAUCAGUAUAACUCAAAUUCUGGAGCGGACAGACAGACGUGGCUCACACAGAAAAGGUCGACAAGCAGUUCAGUUUACAGCAUUUAUUGCUUGGAUUUCCAUAGAUAAAAAAGUAGUGUGUGAACGAUGACGGGUGACCUGGGAUCAGGGGCACGAUGCAAAUAUAAGAACAGGAAGAGUGACUCCUUCGCCUCCUUCCUCCUGUGUGAUAUGACAUCGCUGCUUGGUUACAACAAAAGCCAGAGCUCCACGGCAGACGGUCGGCGUCUGGUCAGGUGCGGUUGACGAGGAUGGCUGCUCAGGUGGAGGUUCAGACCGGAGAGGUGGGGAGGACAGUGGUGGGAGGACGACUUCACCUGAGUCCCCUGACUGACUCCAGCAAUAGCCUCAUCGAGAUCCCUCCCAUCAGCCAGUCCCACAACAUCACUCCGGAGCCCAACAAACCUGUUCCAGGCCCCAAACCACGGCUCACUCCCAAACCCUUUGCUGUGGAGAGAAACCCCACUAUUAGGCCCAUAGUUGCCCCUAAGCCUCAAACCAAACCCAGACCAGAGUCCACUCGCCCUGCUGGAUACAAACCAGAACCUCCAUGCAGUCCAAAGCCACAGCAACUGUCAGGCAAACCUGGACCGGUGUCAACCAACCCCAACCGCCCUGCCUCUACCUCCUAUAAAACAUCCAACAAGUUGAUCUCUGGACAAACAACCAAGCCAGUAGUCCAGCCAUUCAAACCAGCCCCUUCCCUCGACCCUGGAGACCCCAGCAAACCCAGCCCUCCUGUUCCAGUAGAGCGGCAGAAACCUGGUGCAUCAAGCUUGGGCCAUUCGAAGAGCUUUAAAAAGCUUCCAGCAGCAGAGUGGUCUGGAACCACAAAGACCGAAGGCGAGACAGACCAAGUGACAUCCAGCAAAGGUGGAUCCUCCAUUACCAGAGCCAAGUCCAUGGGAUUUCUCCUUCAGGUGGGGCAGGAGGAGGAAGAAAAAGCUAAACCUGAGGCAGCAGUGCCGCUGCGACCCCAGCCCAGAGGCUCCAGGCCCAGACCUGUAUCAGCCAUUUUCCCUGACAGUCCAACCAAGAGAGAGGCACCACUUCCUGCCCCUCGCUGGGCCGGGAGACGACCACUUUCAGCCGAUCUCACGUCCAAAUUUGAGUCUAUUGGUCUUUCCCUGCACCGUAAAACUCCAAAGGUGAAUGCUAAGGAGAACACUCAAGAGGAGAACACUCAAGAGGAGAACACUCAAGAGGAGAACGUCCUGCCACAGACAAAAGAACUAGAAAAAACCCUGAAAAGUUCCACACCGCAAAGUACUGAGGGUGUAGCUAAACCAGCUGUCUCAGACCAGAGCAACAAGACAGAAGAACUGACGGUGACUGAGAAAGAGACUGAUGAGGAUAAACGAGCAGUUAGCAUCAAGUCGCGAGGGGUCCUCCUCUGCGAUUCGUCUUCCUCUCCUGGGGCAGGUGCCGCAGGCCAAGAUCUCCACUCUCCAGUCCCGCCAGCCCCUGAAACCGAACCACCAGUGGGCGUUAAAAAGCUCAUCAAGCAGCUGACAGAGGACACACCACCAGCUCAGAGCCCUGUACCGAAACCACCACUGAAGCCCCGCCCCUUGCCCCUCGACCUGACUAAAAGGUUUUCAUCCGAGAGGUCGCCAGACCUUGGCAGCGUUUCCUUCAGUGAGGCAGCAGAUCGCCAUUACAUCAGCAGAGAUCCUCAGAGGAGGAUUGAAGAGUCGCCUUUCACCCCCAGCGAGCAGAGGACAUUUGUGGAUUUAAAAGACUCAGAGCAGCUAAAAAAGGCUUCCACGCCUGAAGGGCCUGAUGCGGGACAGACAUUUGGCGUCACUUCCAAGGAUAUUGGUCCCGGCGGUGACGUACAGACAGUGAGAGCGUCCUUGUUUGAAAAUGUUGUGGAGAGGCACAGUGUGCUGAUGGUGGACGAGGGCAAACCUGUGAACAAGGAUUCGCUCAGCAGCCCGUCCUUUCAGAGAGGAAGCAGUGAGGAUGAGGGAACGCUGGUCACUGCCACCUACAGAGAGCCAGUGUCUCCGUCGAGUCCUCUGCGAGUGCUGCACGCCUUUGACACGGUGCAUUCAGUGGAAGAGAGCCGGGCGGUGAGCGAGAACAUCCCGUCGGCUCAGUGGGAGGAUAAGGCCAUGACGCUGCGCUCCCGGCGCUCAGAGGGGAGCAGGCCGCCGGCAGAGAGGACCGGUCCAGCACAGGCUGAACCGGCUCUGGCUCUGACGCCGGAACAGCAGCCGCGAUACCUGCGAGUCGGAGCUUUGCACAAGUGGAACAACACAGGUUUCGAACAAGAGGCCAGCGCAUCAAGGCCAGGGAUGCUGAAGGACUCACGGAGGGAAGAAGCAGCGGCUUUGGAUAAAAACCGAGACAGACAGAGAGAAGCUGAACAGGAGGAAGUGGCCGCAGCCCCUAAACGGUUGAAAAUGCUGCAGGCAGACGAGCAGCCAAAGCCCAGAGCGACAUACUUUGCUUUGACUGGACAAAUACAGGAGCCGUUUUCUCCUGAGGAGACCGGAGGAGGCGUAGCGGGCUGCGAUGAGUUCUCUGUGAGGUCUGCACUGGGCUCCUCCCAAGGGAAGAUUCUUCCAGUAAGAAGGAAUCCGUCUUUAAAUGAAGUGUUAGGCAAAACCUCUCAAGAUCAAGUCGAGGAGUCGAUGAUGAGGGAGAUCAGACCGGCGCUGGACGGACAGACGACAGAGGAGAUGAUGGAGGUGGAGAAGAAAAGGGAACAAAAAAAGGAGUCAGACAGACAAAAGGCAAAAAUGAAAGAGCUUGAGAGGGAGAAACAGAGACAGCUGGAAAUGGAGAAAGCAGCGCACUUAGAAUUUGAACGAAUGAAGGAGAGAGAGAUGCAAAGAGAAUUUGAAAGGCAGCGACAGAAAGCCUUCGAGAAGGAGAAGCAGGAGUUCGAGGAGAAGCAACGUGCACUGGAACGGCAGAAACAGGUGGAGCUGCAAGAACUGGAAAGGGAACGACAACGGCAGCUCGAGAAAGAGAAACGGCGAGAAAUGGAGAGACUGAGAAAGAUUGAAAGAGAGAAACUUCAAGAGCAGGAAAGAGAGAGGCAGCGCCAACAGGAGAAGCAGAGACAAAGAGAGGAGGAGAGGCAGAGAGAGCUGGACAAGGAGAGACAGCUGCUGGAAAGCCAGAAGGAGAAACAGAAGAUGGAGGCGCUGCAGAGAAUCCAAGAGCUGGAGAGACAGCAGCUCUUAGAGUUUCAAAAGCAGAAGCAGAAAGAGACGGAGAGGCAGCAGCUGAUAGAGCAGGAGAAGCACCGACUCAGAGAGAAGAAGGAGAGAGAGGAGGCCGAGAAAAUGAAACAGAUGGCGUUAGAGCAGGAGGUGCUGAGAAUGAGAGAGAUAGAUAAAGAAAGGGAAAGACAAAGGGAGAUGGAGAGGGAGCGUCAGAAGGAGAUGGAGAGGGAAAAGCAGAAAGAGCUGGAGAGACAGAGACAAAGAGAUCUAGAGAGGGAGAGACAGAGACAGCUGGACAUCGAGAGGCAGGAGUUAGAAAACCAGAGGCUGAGGCAACGAGAGCUGGAGAGGGAAAAGCAGAGGAAGGAGGAGAUGGAGAGAAUUAAAGAGAUGGAGAGAAGACAGUUCUUGGAGUUCGAAAAGCAAAAGCAGGCAGAGAGGGACAGACAGCAGAUUUUAGAGCUGGAGAAACGCAGACUGAGGGAGAAGAUGCAGAGAGAGGAGGCCGAGAAGAUGAGACAGAUAGCCAAACAGCAAGAAGCAGAGAGGCAGCGGCUGAAGGAGAAGCAGAAGAAGGAGGAGCAGGAGAGGGCGAGGCUGGAGCCAUCACCUCUCCGGCCUAAAGUGGUGGAUCUGGACUCUGUGCUCCGAAAUGAACCCGUUUCCAAGCCUCCGUCUCAGCGCAGUGACCCUGCGACUCGAUGGAAGGAGCCAUCUCUGAGAGCGGAGGAGUCCUACAAACCCGCCAUCCUCGACAUAGAUGCUUUCACAUCUCAGGCUCAGCUCUCCCACAGCAAAGACUUGUUUCCUGCUCCUGCUCUUCAGGGCGGAGACGCCGGGUUUGGAGCUAGAUUACAGCCCACACCUGACAGAGAUGUUAGCUGGAAGGUGCCGGCACAGACUGCAGGAGGUUUCACAAGCCCAGUGUGGACGAUGUGUCCUCAGGACCCGUGGGAGCUGCGGCCCGUUGAGAUACCUGUGGACAAACCCGUGACUGAGCCCAGAAAACAAGGCAACAAACUCAGCCCAGAGCAGCUCCUCCUCAGGCAGGAGGAGCGGCUCCUGACGCCACAGAGGCCCUGGUCCUCUGUCCUGGAUGAGCCGCUUCACUUGGCCCCUUUUCCUGGUACAGAGGCCAAAACCAGAGGCUCUACAGGUGAAGGUGCUACAGAGCAGGUCUGGUUCCCCAGAGAGCCACAGUCUCAAGACAGUAGGGGGGAGGUCCAGAACCAAAGGAGGUCACAUGGGUCUCAGGAGCUGAACAGGAUGCGGUCCCGCAGUGUGUCACGGCGAUCAGCCCCUUCCGGCAGUGCUGUGGACGGAAGCCUGUCCAGGAUGAGGAGUCGCAGCGCCCACAGAGAGCAGGACCGCCACAGCUGGGUGCAGCAGCAGCAGCAGAGUAACAGUGGUGAAGAGGAGGGGAGGGACUCGGGGACACCUGUCCGUGACACCGACAGUCAGUAUGGGACCUGGGAGACAGGACUGCGCACUGAUGACAGCCUCACUCCUGCCACUCCCAGUUCAGAGAGCAAUCUCAGCCCGUCGCCGAGGAAGCCCACCCCCCCGCACACACCGGGUGACCACACCUCGCAGUUUGACAGCGACACCGUGGACAGCGUCCUGCCCUCGUCCUCCUCGGAGAGCCAGGCGCCGUCUUUCCCCGAUGCCCCCGUUGCUCUGUUAGACACCAGCGCUCUUCGCUCCAGAGUCCAGCUGGGGAAGAAGCGAGCCCCUCGGACAAGGCCAUCCAGGGCCGCCCGUCAGAUCGCUGCGCCGGAGGAGGGAGGAACCGCCGACGACUGGCUUUACCGAGACUCCACAGAGGCGAAGGUUGAGAGCAAAGACGACGACUCGGACUCUGAGCAGCAGACCAGAGGAGCCGAGUCCAGCCCUGCUGUGGCCUCUCAGCCUCAGAGGAUCGCCCUGUUCCCGGGGGUGGACCCGUCAGCUCUGAAGGCCCAGCUGAAGAAGAGGGGCGACUCUGACAAUCAAAGCGACGGACCCGCCGCGUCUCCUUCGCAGCUUUCUCGCUCCCCGAAGUCGCCCUUCCUUCCCAGAGCGGCGCGCGUGCUGCCCCCUCCUGGUGGGAAAGAGAAUCGUGAGGAAGACUCGCCACAGUGGCUCAAAGAGCUGAAGUCCAAGAAGCGCUUGAGUCAGUAUGAAAACGAGAGCUAAGUCCAUAACGAGGUUGCCUUAACAGAUGAAUCUAUGACACAGAAGCCUUAACGGACCCAGAGAGCAGGAGAGGCCGGUCUACAGCUGCUGAUGGAUUCCUUUCUGUUUCUUUCGUCUGGGUUGAUAAACGUGCAUGGUGCCUUUUUUUUUAUGGAGAGUCUCUAUCUUAUGGAAAAAGAAGAACAAGCUGGGAUGCUCUGCUCUCUUCAUUUCAUGCUUGAAGCUGAGGACGCUGUCCUGCACCAGGAGGCUCUUCACAGGAACACUUUAUUAGGGACCAGUAGGGGUGGGACAAAGGGACAAAAGGCAGUGAUUUCCUGUCAGGCUGCAUUUCAGGAAACGGUUAACUUGUGGGACCACGACGCCUCCUCAUCCCAGAUGUGCUUCAUCACACACUGGAGGACGAUCCAGGCGAUCCUCUACGAGAUGUUUGUAUUUAGCUUCCUCGCUCCUGUGACACGUGUGGGCCGGCGGCGGCGGCAGACAUACAGAAUAUAUGUGUUAUCAGCCAGUGGAGGCCGUUGAUGGGAGUCACACAAGCUUUGCCAUAGAUAACAUUUCAGACACUAAUGAUCUUCCUUCUUGAACAUAGAGAACAAAUGAUGGUCUGUGAGAGUGUGAAUCGUGUUAGUCGCUGUAAUCAGGAGAUGUUAUAUUUGUAUUAUGAUGAUUUAACAGAGACUGAGCGAGUUUUGGAAGGAUUGAGGUGGUGUCACUGCAGAACAGGCUCUUUCCUUUGAUUCACUCCACAGCUCUGACAGCGUCACCUCUGCUCCACCUGUUUGUCUUAAGUGUCUUUUUGUCUGUGUGGGACUUUUGGCCAAGUGACUUUGCAUCUUUCAAUCAUGAACUCCUCGUCAGCACAAACACAUUCAGUCUUCUAUGAAACUAAUCAGUCUGUCUUCCCUUCUUGAAUAGACUGAAAGAUUGUAGCUGUAACCAUCCAUUAAAAGCCAUACGUUCCCCCUGCAGCCCUCACACUCCCCUGUCAUGGUUUUCUUCUUCCCAACGAAUGUGCAAUUUCCCUCCAUGUUGUCCCCGUUGAUGUGCAUGCACAAUCUUUGCUGCCACGGCCGGCGUUGCUCGACCUGACGGGUUCAGAGUGAUGCUGUUAUUUGAAAUGACUCCACCUUCUGCUUCUGCGCUUGUGUAAAGCACUUUGAUGCACUCCAGCACUGACCUCUGUCCCCUCACGUCUCGUCUCCUGUGUCGUUGGAGCGCUCGUCCAACGCAAGUGAAUGUGUUGACCGAGUCUUCGGAGUGAUUGUCCCUGGUUUCUGUGUCAUUCGACUUUUUAUGUCCUUCUUUGUCCUUUUUUUUGAAAGUAAAGAUGUAUAUUGCACUGUGUUGUACUGGCCAGUGUCCUAAAGUGAAUACAUUCUUAAUAAAAUUGACUUGACUUGA